AUGGUUCUUCCUCGUUUAAUAUCAGGGCCAAAUUGUCAUAUGUGUGAGGUAAAAAGACAAAUAAAACUUCAGAAGUUUUUUCAAAUUUAAAUUUCAGGUUAUGAUAAAUAAUGUUCGUUAUGAGUAUAAUAAUGAUUUCACAAAUGUUACUGUUGAUCAAAUGAAGAAUUCCUUAUACAUGUGAGUUUUCUCUCUUUUAUUGCUUUGAAGAAAACUACUUUUUUUUCACUUUUCAAAAAAAAAAUUUGAAAGUUUUGAAUAAAUAAACUCACGCGCGUUGAGACCGAGCACACAAAACAGACGGUUAAGUUACAGUACCCCAUUUUGAAUGUUUUUCAGUCAAUGUGAUUUGAAUUUCAACGGUUUUACCGAUGCAGAAUGCAAGCAAAUGGCAAAUCAAGAUGCAGCUGAUGUUUUGCAACAAUUAAAAGAGGGAAAAUCGUCGUAUCGGAUUUGUCAGCAAGAGAAUUUUUGUUGA